AUGUCGGUCACUUUGAACGCGUGGUUUCUAGCCGUGCUUUGCACUUCUAUUACCCUCCUCUACCAGCUUAUCACUGGUAGCGAUGGCGUUGGCUCCGUGCUCGGUUUUUUGGCCCUCGAAAUACUAUUCUUGGCCCUCUGGGUUGGAUACUGGAUCGUUCUGUAUCCGACCUACUUCACUCCUCUGCGCCAUCUCCCCACUCCGCCAAAGCGGAAAUAUCUUACGGGAAACAAAGACAUUUACUUCCUUGACAAUCCAUGGACCGACUUCCCUAACGUCGUCAAGUCGAUCCCCAACAACGGCUUGAUCCGGUACUACGGUGCCUUCAGCCGCGAGCUGGUGCUCGUUACCAAACCGCACGCGCUGCGCGAGAUGCUAGGCGUCAAGGCGUACGACUUCGGCCACUCGAGCCUCGUCAAGCUGGCCAUGAAGCGCUUCACGGGCAGCAAUCUGGGCUUCAUUUCCGAUGAGGAGACGAAGCGCCAUCGCAAGAGUCUGCUGCCGGCCUUCACAACAGCGCACAUCCGCGCCCUCGUACCACUCUUCUGGAGUAAGGCCGAGGAGAUGACGGCGUGUUUUGACGACGAGCGGGCGACGCGGGGUCCCGAUACCGUCAUUUCGCUCGGCGAGUACGGGUCGAGAGCCACGCUUGACGGGAUCGGUUUGGCGGGAAUGGCAUACGAUUUCGACACGCUGCACAAGCCCGAUAACGAGCUACGGAGGCGCUACAAGAAGAUGAUCAUGGAGCCCACUCGCGCCUUCUACUGGAUCGAACUGUUGAGCCACCACAUUGACUUUCGUCUGUUGCUAAAGCUGCCCUUCAAGAAGAACCUGGAGGUGGUAGAGGCCAGCAACUACCUCCGUGGCGUCGCCCGAACCGUCAUUGAGGAGCGUAAGAAGGCACUGCUCGAGACGAAGAAGAGAGGGAAUAGUGAUAAUGUGGUUGGUUCGGUGGACGGCAAGGACAUCAUCACGGUCGCGCUGGCCAGCGGCUCGUUUCAAGGCGAACAGCUCGUCGACCACGUUAUGACGUUCCUCACAGCCGGCCACGAGUCGACUGCCACGGCCUUUGAGUGGACCAUGUACGAGUUGGGUCGAAACCCUGAGAUCCAACAGCGCUUGCGUUCCGAGAUCAGACGAGCCCUCAACUCCAACGAGUCUCAUAAUGAUGCUGGUAAUCCUAGAUGGAACCCGGGAACCAUCGUGCAGGACCUGCCAUACCUUAACGCCGUGCUAAACGAGGUGCUCCGGCACUAUCCCUUCAUCCCGCUGCUCGUCCGCGUCACGCAAAAGGACACGUCUCUCGUCGGCCAGCCCAUUCCCAAGGGCACGCCCGUUCUGUACUCAGCCAUGGCCGUCAACCACGACGAGCAGGUCUGGGGCCCGGACGCACACCAGUUCCGUCCGGACCGAUGGCUUUCGUCCUCUCCUGACAGUAACCACAACCACAAGCACAAUCCUCAGCAACUCGGCACCAUGGGCAACUUCUCUAUGCUGACGUUUGGUGCCGGCAGCAAAUCAUGCAUAGGUCACGCUUUUGCACGCGCCGAGCUGGCGUGUUUGGUGGCGGCUGUGGUGCGGAACUUCGAGAUUGAGCUAGUUAACGCCGACACGGCUGGCCGUAUCAAGUUUGGGUUGACGAACAAGUCGGCUGAGGGCAUGCUUGCGAGACUCAGACCUGUAAGCCAAUGA